AUGGCCGACCUCACCCAACAGGUCGGUCGAGACCUCUUCACCGACCAAGCAAACGAGAUCCUGAACGACAUCUUCAUGCGUACCGUCGUCCACCGUGACUACCGCACCGGCGAGAAGCGCCCCAUCGUCCUCAAGCACUUCGUCGUCAUCGCCCGACGAGCUCUCCGCCUCAGCCUGACCUGCAAGAAAUUCCACCACCCCAUGAUUCAAAUGUUCUAUGGACAGAACACCUUUGCGAUGGAGCCCGUCCUAGAAUCACCAACAGUGAGUUCAAGCACGCCCAAGCGCAUCGACAUUGAUGGUCGGAGUACUAAUAAGUUUCGAAAGGAGCAAAAUAAGAAUGGCUUGUUUCGAAGGGAGCCAGAUACGAAACCCGUCCUCGACGUCGUGGCCAGAGGUCAUGGACUCUGGGUCGCUCGCAGCAACCUAUACGCACGGUGGGACUCGAAUUAUCUGUACAGGCAGGCGAUGCUCAUCCCAACCCAAGUCCAGCGCACGCUCAUGAAGAACAUCAUUAUUACGUUCUACGUGGAGGCGUGCGACGAGGACCAGGACUUCCAGAAGACACAUCGCGAGGGUGUUACCGAAGAUUGCGGCAAGUGGUUCUCGGUUCUGCAUUCGGCGGCUUGGCUUCGUGACUUCGACCUGGAGACUAUCACCAUCGCGCUUGUGAUGUAUCCCAAGUCAUAUUGGCGCCCUUUGACCCGACAUGCACGCAGCGAGGAUGCUACGUAUGAGAAGGCGAAAGAGACGAUCAAGCACCAUAUUGACGCUUUGCUUGCGGAUGUUAAGGCAAAGAAGAAGGAGAUCAAGUGGCCUGCCGAGUGGUAG